GUCAGUUUGGCAGGGCGGCCCGAGCGCGGCACCGGCCGGACAGAUGUGGCGUUUUGGCACGUGGACCCGGGACAAGGUGAUCUGUGACGCCCGGGCAAGCCGCCGAUUGCAGCUGGGACAUCCUGUUUGCACCGGCCCGCUGCCGCCGCCGCCGCCACCUCCCGAGUCCGAUGGAGACCGACGGCGUGUUCUGGGGGGUGUCGCGACCAACGGCGCACCGUCCGGGCCUGGCCGACUGGCAGGUGGUGGCCCAGUCGGCCCGGAGCCUGGCUCGGGUACUGCUCGCUGACCGGCCACCGGCUGCACCUCCGGACGGCCCGCUCCCAGUCCGGCACCGCAGUCCGGCCGACGGCGACCGGCCCGACGACUGCCUCGUCAUCGGCCAGAGCCCGUGCCUGGCGACCAACAGGAUGGACCUGGCCGAGUACGAGCCGGUGCGGCAGGGUGCAGUGAGUACCGCGCCAUCCAAUCCCCAGUCCUCCGCCGACCGGCCACUCGGCGUCGACCUGGGCAACGCUGACGUGCACGCCAUCGACGCAUUCCGCCCGUCCACCGGCCUGCUCGACCCGUGCCAGCUGGCGUUCGAGAUGCUGGACCGCGAGCUGUUCGAGAUGAUAGCGUUCAAGACCAACGCGCACGCCCGUCGCCGCCGCGACACGGAGCCCUUGCUGCACGACUGGGAGGACACUGACACGGGCGAGCUGCUGCGCUUCUUCUUCGCGCAUCUCGUCCUGAUGAGCGUGCGGAACACGGCAGUGGCCAUCGACGACGCGCUGGUGUUCCACCACCCGCUGAUGGCGCGGCUGGUGUCGGCGCGCCGCUUCCUGCAGCUCAGCUGGGCGUGGCGGCUCAAGGACGACGACCAGACGCCGGACCAGUUCGUCGACUUCGCCUGCACGCUGUUCAGCGACCGGUAUCAGCGGCUGCUGAUGCGGACGCCGCGCGUUAUGAGCCUCCAGACGUUCCAGCUCUACUACCAUUGUGAUCAGCAGUGCGCGCCCAACGCGUCGAGCCGGGUGUCGGAGCUCAAGACUGGCCGCUACGUUGUGCGUGUGGUUUUCCACAAGCGGCCCGAGGACACGGUGCGCAGCGGCAACUGGAACACAAUGAGCACAGAGCUGCUGGAGAAGCUGUUGAACGGUGUGCCGUUGACCGGCGGUUACUUUACGGCCGCCGGCGGGGCCACCGUUGACAUCGCUAAAUUUUUCCAUCAGCGGGGUGCCUUCUUCGUCGGCUCCGUGGGUGCGCAGACGUACAGGCUGUUGCAUCCGGAGGGCGACGGCAUACCGGCGCCGGAGCCGCCCAGCACGGCCCUCUACGUGGAGCCGUGGCCCGGCAUUCGGGAGGUGGUUCUGUUGCGGGAGUACUCGCGCAACCCCAACUGCCGCAGCUUCAUCGGAUUCCCAAUCACACACCUGCAGCAGACGCACCUGAUCUGCAACAUCGGUGCCGGUGCAACGGUAGCCAGGAGUACAAUGGAACCAGUGGAAAAGCCUCAACAACAACGCAUGCCACAGAACCUUCGCCACCUACACAGCCUGGCGCUGGCAGACCUCAUUCAUGUGCGCAACAACAACGUCACGGGCCGUAUGCUCCUACGCGGAGGCUGCAUGCUCUGGCACCAGCGCGUGCUGCUCCACCUGCUCUUCACCGGCUUCAUGAACGGUUGGCAAGCGCACGCGGUCGCCACGGGCCUGCAGCUCUUCCGGAUGGAGGCGGCCGACGACAUUGUGCACCACCUCACAGGCUUUAUGCUCCAGUACGCUCUGGAGUGCGAUAAGCCCUCGGUGCGUCGCACGCAGCCCAGAGCAGCGGCCGACAGCGAUACCGACGAAGAAGAGGAGCAAGCACCGGGCACACACACCGAGGCACGGAGCACGGCACGGCCGGGUGGUGCACGAAUCUUGUCGCUGGCCGUCGGGUCAGACCCACCUGUGUCGGCCACCGCUCAGUGGACGCCCACCGCCAGCACCUUCUGGGCGGGCGUACGCAUGAUGCCGCCCAGCCAGUAUGAUAUGCCGACGUGCACCCACAGGAGGCACCUGAUCGGCCGACGGCACACGGUCUGACGCGCUCAGUUGCGGUCCCAGCCGUGCGACGCGUGUACAGUGUGCAUCGCCACCUGGGUUGCGCGGCGUGCGGCGGCCGCAGCCGGGACAGGAUCUGGUCUGGUCGCCAACACCGGCGCCUGUGUGGCCGGCAUGUGAGACGCGAUCGAUCACGACACGAUCGCUCAGACAGAAACGCCACACAGACGGACCACUCUUCAGGGACUGGGCACGCUCCUUCAUCAGGGCCAGCUGCGGCUCAGGGACUGGACACGCUCCUUCAUCAGGGCCAGCCGCGGCUCAGGGACUGGACACGCUCCCUCAUCAGGACCACCUACGGCUCAGGGAUUGGACAGGCUUCCUUACCAGUUCCGCGGAGCGUGCGGCCCGUGGACUGAAGGCCACAAUUCCUGUGUUGCAAUUACAGCUGUCUACUCUCGGUACCCCCGACGGUGCGACAGUAUUUGAUCCAUGUGACGUCCGUCAUCAUUGAUGUUUGAACGUAACUGACCGCCAAUUUUAAUUACCGGAUGGGGCUACCGAUGUCUGUAUUUCAGGUCUUUUGCCCCCUUUUCUUGCCCAUUUGUUGGUACACUUCCAACGCGGUCAUUUUAAACUGGUCCCUUGAAGGCCACCGGUGAAACGGACCUGCAUGUGCUCAAUAACCUUAGCAUGCCUUUCAAUCGGCUCAGUCAUUCGCAAGUCUUGCUUCUCUUAUGCGGCACUCUGUGUGAAAUGAGUACGCUUGCACGCGAGUACACUCGCCAGCAUGCCUCAAUUUUUGGCCAUGUAUGCUACCAAUGGAAGGGUCGAUGAGAGCCAGCAUGAGAUUCAUGUAUGAAAAUAAGGAGCGUGAAUGAAGGAUGUUUCCCAAUGAUUCUCCAGAAUGCCUAUGUCCGGCUUCAUUAUAAGGG